UAACAGAACACCACGAUGAUGUAAUCGUAGAAGUCUUCUCUGCUUCAUGUUGUUUCUACUGAGACUUAGCGGAAGUCCAAAGUUGUCAGAAAUGGUCAAAAUUCAAGAUGAAUCAGGAUGGUAGACUUUCAAGCAAAUGUGUCUCUGUGUACGAGGAACUGCGUCUGACAAAAAGACUUAACGACGCCAUUAUCAAAAUAGACAAUGUUGAAUUUCAUAUCCAUAAAAUCAUCCUAUGUAACUGCAGUCCGUACUUUGGAGCCCUCUUUCUACGAUGGUCGGCGUCAGAUCAGAUUGUUUACGUCAUACAAGGUCUGACAGCUCACCUAAUGCAGCUCUUCACUGAUUUUGCAUACACCGACUGUGUGUCAGUGACAGAGGACAACGUACAGGACUUGUUGAUAGCCGCUGAUAAGUUUAACGUGACAGGCAUUGUUCAAGCCUGCUGCAAGUUUCUAGCAGAGCAGCUCUGCCCAGAGAACUGCAUCGGCAUCUGGCAGUUCACAAAGAACUGUUACACCCCGCAGCUGCAGCUCAAGGCCUAUCAAUACAUCCUCUACCACUUUGAAGAAGUUGCAAACGCUGAUGAGUUGAGGCAACUCUCUAUGCAGGACUUCUGCGACAUCCUUGACAGAGACGACCUGAUAGUGAAAAAGGAAAACACCGUUUAUGAGGCCAUUCUUCACUGGAUUGCAGACGCACCGGGGGAGCGGGGCAGAAACUUGGCGGUGCUCCUAGAAAAAGUGCGUCUAGCUCUGGUGAGUCAGGAGUACAUCACCAUCAACGUAUUGUCCAAUCAGCAGGUGCAAGACAGCCGAGAAUGCUUGGACAUGGUUGCUUUUGCAGCACGUGUGAUGCGACACAUGACAACAAACUCCGUCUCUGGAUACUGCAACCUCAUCGCCCGUCCUCGCCUACCUUCUGCCAUGUUGUUGGCGAUUGGAGGCUGGAGUGGUCCGAGUGCAACAGACUGCAUCGAGGCAUAUGAUGUGCAUGCCAACUGUUGGGACUACCUGUUUGACAAAAUGGAUCAAGCCCGCGCUUACUGCGGUGCUGCCUUCCUCAAUGACUGCAUUUACUGUCUAGGUGGCUUUGAUGGUGCGGAACAUUACAACACCGUCAGCCGCUUUGACCUGAACACGCGGGCCUGGCAGGAGGUGGCACCCAUGCACUAUCGUCGCUGCUAUGUGAGCGUAACUGUGCUAAAUGGAUGCAUCUACGUAAUAGGUGGUUUUGAUGGACAUGUAAGGCUAAAGACUGCAGAAUAUUACAGGCCCGAGACCAACCAGUGGACUUUUAUUGCUAGUAUGCACGAACAGAGGAGUGAUGCCAGCUGCACGUCCCUCAACAACAAGAUUUAUGUUUGUGGGGGUUUUAAUGGAAAUGAACCCUUGCAAACAGCAGAGUACUAUAGCCCAGAGACCAACGAGUGGACUAUGAUUGCCCCAAUGGGCAGCCGCCGCAGUGGUGUUGGAAUCAUUGGGUUUGCUGACCAUAUUUAUGCAGUUGGAGGUUUCGAUGGUGAAAUCCGUCUGAGCAGCGCUGAGGCCUACAACCCACUGUCCAACAGCUGGAUUAUCUUGCCCCACAUGCAGUGCCCAAGAAGCAACUUUGGCAUUGAAGUUGUCGAGGAUUGCCUAAUCGUCUCUGGGGGUUACAAUGGCAACUCCACAACCAGCCACGUUGAGUACUACGACCUAACAUCUGGUUUGUGGUCUCCAGCAAGUGAUAUGAGGCUCUCGCGUAGCGGUUUGACUUGCUGUGUGAUGACUGGACUCCACAACAUGACCCAGUGCGCUAUAGUUCGAAACAAUUUACCUUUGCUCUUCUUGGAAGAUGAAGUGACAGCAAUGGAAGAAUGACUUUAUAUGCGAGAGAGGUGUUUCAGAAUAAACUGAAA